AUGGCGCCUCGACGCGGUGGUUCAGGAUUUUAUUACGACAACAGCGCUUGGAGCUCGACGACUAUCUUGUCAUUGGAGUAUGGUUCCUAUGGCUAUGGCAGCAAUCACAACCGCUAUAAAGAUCUAUACUAUGCCAUGUUUGCGUUCGACAUUCUAACUCUCAUCGCCUUCAUCGUCUUUCUUGUUUGGUCAUGCACCAUCCGGGGCAACCGCGGUCUGCCAAUAAAAACACUCAACUCGGCGCUGUUUUCCUUCAUCCUGUCCCAAAUAUGUACUGUCGUUGUGGAAGCCCUAUAUGUUGCCAGCGCCGAAGUGAUGAUGUAUUAUCUCAUUAGUUACAUGUUGUCCAAUUUCUUCCAUUACCUGGGAAUUUGUCUAACAUUCUAUGUAUUCUGGAGUCUACAACACCGCUUGCUGAGCCGCCUCACAGACUCUGGCAAGCCAUAUGCUGCAGUGACCACAGUGCACUGGAUCUUGCUGGCCCUCACCUUGCUUUUCUCUCUCGUCGUCUGGGCCUUAUAUGUGGUUUAUGUCGCUGGAAACGUGACAUAUCGUUACUUCAUCGACGUGGCGGUCUGGGUCAAGGUCGGUUCUGCGCUUUACAUCGUAUUCUGGCUUCUCUCUUUGGAGGUCCUGGCUUGGUCGAUCUUCGUGGCUGUCAAGGCCGGAACCCAUCGCUUUGUGUCGAAGAUGCCCGUUUUCGCGUUGAUCAACGCUGCUGUUGGAUGGUUUGCCCUGGCUCUCACGUCGAUGGUGAUUUGGGUCCGCUAUAACCUUGAGAUACGCUUCGUGGUCCCCGACUAUCUUUCUACUGUUCAAGCCGCUGUCAGCUUCAUCUUCUGGGUCGUCACCUUUGUGGGACUACUUCUCUGCUGCUCGAAAUGGCGGAGACUCGGUCAGGAGCCGGAGAAGUACGAUGCUCCUGCUCAGUACCCUUAUCCCCAAUACCCCGCUGGCCCAUACCCGCCUCCGCCUGGCCAAGCCCCUCCGGGUCAGUAUCAGACCCCGUACCCCAACCAGCCUCACGGAACCGCUCCGUAUUAUGACUAUGCGGCGAACCCUGCGCCGACUCAUCCCGUUUCUUCGCCACAUUAG